AUGGCUUCCGCAGAGAUCGAGCAGCCCCAAGGCGGCGCGCUGCAGACGGCAAAGGAUCUCUUCUCCGGUGCUGUUGGAGGCAUUGCCCAGGUCCUAAUUGGCCAGCCCUUUGACAUUGUCAAAGUCCGCCUGCAGACGUCGAACCAGUACUCGGGCGCCGUCGAGGCCGCCGCCUCCAUAUACAAGAAUGAGGGCGCCCUGGCCUUCUACAAGGGCACGCUGACGCCCCUCAUCGGCAUCGGCGCCUGCGUCUCGGUCCAGUUCGGCGCCUUCCACGCCGCGCGGCGGUGGCUCGAGGCGCGCAACGCCGGCCGCGGCAAGGCCUCGGACCUCAACUACGGCCAGUACUUUGCGGCGGGCGCCUUCGCCGGCGUCGCCAACGCGCCGCUGUCGGGCCCCAUCGAGCACAUCCGCAUCCGCCUGCAGAGCCAGCCGCACGGCGCCGGCCGGCUGUACGACGGGCCCCUCGACUGCAUCCGCAAGGUCAGCGCCCAGAGCGGCGGCGCCCUGCGCGGGCUCUACCGCGGCGAGGUCGUGACCGUCUGGCGCGAGGCCUUUGCCUACGGCGCCUGGUUCACCGCCUUCGAGUACCUCAUGAACGCCGACGCCGCGCGCAACGGCAUCGACCGCAAGCAGAUCCCCAGCUACAAGAUCGCCCUCUACGGCGGUCUCGCCGGCGAGGUCCUCUGGCUCGCCAGCUACCCCUUUGACGUCGUCAAGAGCAAGAUGCAGACCGACGCCUUCGGCGCCCAGCAAAAGUAUCCGACCAUGCGCGCCUGCUUCUCCGCCACCUGGCGCGCCGACGGCGUCAGGGGCUUCUGGAAGGGCAUUGGGCCUACGCUGCUGAGGGCCAUGCCUGUGAGCGCGGGCACUUUUGCCGUGGUGGAGAUGACCAUGAGGGCCAUCAACUGAGUGAGAGGGCUUGAAAGAGACGAUUCGGAAUAGGAGAGAUUAAGGGGGGGCAGAGCCUUUCUUUCCUUGGUUCUUUGAAGGAGGUGGGGCGUUAUUGGUUCAACAAAGAUCAAAAGUUAAUUGGGUUUGGACGAGCGUGUUUGCGAAAAAGAAGUCAAGGCUAAGCAAAUCUGAUAGAGACAGUAUUUCAGGGACAAUAGCCGGCUUGUUAGGGUUCUAGAUACUAGUGUAGACGGUCGG